AUGUUAGCAUAUCAUGAUGCAUCCAUGGGUUUUGGUGCUGUUCGUACAGAUGACAUAUUGUCAUAUGAUAAUAAUCAUCGUUAUGUGAAUCAUCAACGUCAACAUGAACUUACUGAAUUAGAAACAUCAAAACCACGACAAUGUUUAAGAAAAACAACACAAUUUUUAUUUUCACAUAUUGGUUUAGUUGGUCUUGUUGUUGUUUAUGCUGUAGCUGGUGGAUUUUUAUUUCAAUUACUUGAAGAACGUCAAGAAAAACUCAAUUGUCAAGAAGCACAAAGUGAACAAAUUGCCGAAAUAAAUAAGCUAAAACAAAAACUUGUUAAUUAUAUACAAAAAAAUACUACAUCAUCAAUAGUUUUUUCUACAGUUGAAAAAGAUAAUUCUACCAUUGCAUUUGCGAAAAUUGGCUCUAUGUUAUAUGAAUAUCGAAAAUUUAUUAUUCGUGGAAAUCAAAAAUAUCAAUAUUAUAUUAGUGAUUGUGGACGUGUCCGUCAAUGGACAUAUGCUAAUUCAUUACUUUUUGCAAUUACAAUUAUAACAACUAUUGGUUAUGGAAAUAUAACACCAACGACAUGGGAAGGGCAAUUAGGAUGUAUAUGUUAUGCGACAAUAGGUAUACCAAUAUUUCUUUUAUGUCUAGCAAAUAUAAGUGGUGUACUUGGUGAAAUGUUUCGUUUUCUUUAUGCUAAAGUCUUAUGUGCACCAUGUUUGUUUGUAAGAAAUCGUCGUAGAUUAGCAAAUACGAUUAAGCUUGAAGAAGAAAGUGGAAUAGGUACAGAUAGUAUACAUUCUAAUGAUGGAACAUUAGAUGAUAAAAAUAAGAAAAAUUCAUUAAAAAAACUAUCAAAUACAUUAAUAAUUGAUGAUGAAUUAAAUGAAGAAGAAAAACGAAAAUAUCACCGUGUUGCUGUACCAUUAACAGUUACCAUGAUUAUUAUUGCAGCAUAUAUAUGGAUUGGUUCUGCUUUAUUUCAUAGUUUUGAAGGUUGGUCGAUGACACAAGCGGGAUAUUUUUGUUUUAUUACAUUGGCAACAAUUGGAUUUGGUGAUUUUGUUCCUGGUCAACGAAAGGAUGAUGCAAAUUCAAGUGCAAAACUUCUUCUUGGAGCUAUAUAUGCUCUUUUUGGCAUGGCUAUUUUAGCAAUGUGUUUUGACUUAAUGCAAGAAGAAAUAGUAGCAAAAUUUCGUUGGAUUGGUACAAAACUUGGUAUUAUUGACAAAGAUGAUGAAGAUAUUAAUCAAAUAGAUAAAACAUUCGAUACUAAUAAUAAUAAUCGUUCAUCGACAUCAUCAUCAUCAAUCAAUACUUCUAAUGUAAUAAUAAAUACAAGUCGUACAAUAGUUGAUAACGAAAAUGAAAAUGAUCUAUCCAGACAUCGUAAUUCAAGUGCAGCACGUAAAAUUAGUUCAUGGAAUAAUCCAGCUCGUAUUCAUCCAAUAGAAUCUGGCGGAGUAAAUGAAGCCACUUUGCAUCAACGAGUAGCCGCCAUAAAACUCAAUUAA